GACCCGCGCCCGGCCGGGCCGCUGCUCCUGCUCUUGCUCCUGCUCCGGCUCCAGCCCCGGUGCCAGCCUCGGUGCCAGCCCCGGCCGAGGAGGAGGCGCCGCAGGCUUCGCCCUCUGCAGCCCCGACAUGGAAGAUGGACCCUCGAACCACGCGAGCUGCUUCCGAAGGCUAACCGAGUGCUUCCUGAGCCCCAGUUUAACAGAUGAAAAAGUGAAGGCAUAUCUUUCUCUGAACCCCCAAGUCUUAGAUGAAUUUGUCUCUGAGAGUGUCAGUGUCGAGACUGUAGAAAAAUGGCUGAAGAGGAAAAACAACAAGCUAGAAGAUGAAUCGGUCCCUAAGGAAGUCAGCAGGUACCAAGAUACAAACAUGCAGGGUGUUGUGUAUGAACUGAACAGUUACAUUGAGCAGCGACUGGACACAGGCGGGGACAACCAGCUCCUUCUCUACGAACUGAGCAGCAUCAUUAAGAUAGCCACAAAAGCAGAUGGAUUUGCCCUGUAUUUCCUUGGAGAGUGCAAUAAUAGCCUCUGCGUGUUCAUCCCACCAGGAGUGAAAGAAGGGAAACCACGCCUCAUUCCUGUCGGGCCCAUCACCCAGGGAACCACCAUCUCUGCUUAUGUAGCCAAGUCCAGGAAAACAUUGCUGGUGGAGGACAUUAUCGGGGAUGAGCGGUUCCCGAGAGGCACAGGACUGGAAUCAGGGACUCACAUCCAGUCAGUCCUCUGCUUGCCCAUCAUGACGGCCAUCGGGGACCUGAUCGGGAUUCUGGAGCUGUACCGGCACUGGGGCAAGGGGGCCUUCUGCCUCAGCCAGCAGGAGGUGGCAACAGCAAAUCUGGCCUGGGCUUCGGUAGCAAUACAUCAGGUACAGGUGUGCCGAGGGCUGGCCAAACAAACUGAACUGAAUGACUUCCUACUCGACGUAUCAAAAACAUAUUUUGAUAAUAUAGUCGCAAUAGAUGCUCUACUUGAACACAUAAUGAUAUAUGCAAAAAACUUGGUGAAUGCAGACCGCUGCGCACUUUUCCAGGUGGACCACAAGAACAAGGAGCUAUACUCGGACCUGUUCGACAUUGGGGAGGAGAAGGAAGGGAAGCCCAUCUUCAAGAAGACCAAAGAGAUCAGGUUCUCCAUCGAGAAGGGCAUCGCUGGGCAAGUGGCCAGAACUGGGGAGGUCCUGAACAUUCCUGAUGCUUAUGCAGACCCACGCUUCAACAGGGAAGUGGACCUGUACACGGGGUACACCACCCGCAAUAUCCUGUGCAUGCCCAUCGUGAGCCGGGGCAGCGUCAUCGGUGUGGUCCAAAUGGUGAACAAGAUCAGUGGCAGCGCUUUCUCCAAAACCGACGAGAACAACUUCAAGAUGUUUGCUGUCUUCUGUGCUCUUGCCUUACACUGUGCCAAUAUGUAUCACCAAAUCCGACAUUCGGAGUGUAUCUACCGGGUCACCAUGGAGAAACUGUCCUACCACAGCAUCUGCACAGCUGAGGAGUGGCAGGGCCUCAUGCGCUUCACCCUCCCGGACCAGCUCUGCAAGGAGAUUGAGCUGUUUCACUUCGACAUUGGUCCCUUUGAAAACAUGUGGCCUGGCAUCUUCGUCUACAUGAUUCACCAGUCUUGUGGAAAGUCCUGCUUUGACCUGGAGAAGCUGUGCCGCUUCAUCAUGUCGGUGAAGAAGAACUACAGACGGGUCCCCUACCACAACUGGAAGCAUGCGGUCACAGUGGCACACUGCAUGUACACCAUUCUGCAGAGCAGUCACGAUCUCUUCUCUGACCUUGAGAGAAAAGGCCUGCUCAUUGCCUGCCUGUGCCAUGACCUGGAUCAUCGAGGCUUCAGCAACACCUACCUGCAGAAAUUCGACCACCCGCUGGCUGCCCUCUACUCCACAUCCACCAUGGAGCAGCACCACUUUUCACAGACUGUGUCAAUCCUGCAGCUGGAAGGCCACAACAUCUUCUCAAGCCUGAGUUCCAGUGAGUAUGAGCAAGUUCUUGAGAUUAUCCGCAAAGCCAUCAUCGCCACAGACCUUGCUCUGUACUUCGGGAACAGGAAGCAACUCGAGGAGAUGUACCUGACAGGAUCGCUCAAUCUUAACAAUCAGUCACAUAGAGACAGAGUCAUUGGUUUGAUGAUGACAGCCUGUGACCUGUGUUCUGUUACGAAGCUGUGGCCAGUGACAAAGCUGACAGCCAAUGACAUAUAUGCAGAGUUCUGGGCUGAGGGUGAUGAGAUGAAGAAGUUGGGGUUGCAGCCAAUUCCAAUGAUGGACAGAGACAAACGGGAUGAAGUUCCACAAGGCCAGCUAAGCUUCUACAAUGCCGUAGCCAUCCCCUGUUACACCACCCUCACCCAGAUCUUCCCACCCACUGAGCCUCUCCUCCAGGCCUGCAGGAACAACCUCAGCCAGUGGGAGAAGGUGAUGCGUGGAGAGGAGAGUGCGCUAUGGAUCUCAUGUACACCUACAGACUAUGAGAAGCCGUUGGAAAAGAUGGAAGACUGAGGGCACCCUGGCAGGGCCCUCCUGCGGGUACUUGUGGUCUGACUUUUUAUCAUUUUUAAUUUGUGGGAGGAACCUACACUAGAUCUCGGGGACAUGGACUUCUUGGGAGAUGGUACUACCAACAACAGAGGCCUGUGGGCGGCCCACAGCCCUUCUCCUUUGUGACUCGUCACAGCUGGUACCUGCUAGGAGCAGCAGGGCCGUGCACCUGCUAUCAACGGAAGGGGUAACCCAUCGGAUUAGCAUACUGACCUUUCCUCACAGACAAACAAUGCUGAGGCCUUAAUGGAAUCGGACACCAACUCUCCAGAAGGGGGUACUUUUCCAUUGGAUCUUGCGCACUUGGUGGUUAGAAAUGGUACUCUUAAGACACAGUGCUUGGGCUGAGCACCCAUGUUACUUGGUUGUCAUUGGUUCUAACUGGUAACUCCUGCCUAUUGCUCUUGUCAAUGUGUAUGUAUGGUGUGUGACUUCCUUGUACCAGGCAUGAACUCUGAGCAGAUAAGGACCCUGAGAGGUGUCCAGGCUCACGGUCUGUGCUCUGGCCAUAAUCUUGUUCCAAACUUCCUGAAUUAAAGUUGGGUAGAAUAAAAUGUAUUCUUAACAUUUA